GCAUAACUUAGCUCAAAGUGAGGGAAUCGAUCUGUGGUCUUUCUCAGUCAGAUACGUCAUGAUAUGUUAACGUAAUUUUGUUCACCUUCAUUACUUGAUAUAUGGUGUCAUUGAUUCAGAAAGGUUUUCGUCAUGGCUUGCUUUCACAAGAGUAAGAUCUUGGCCAUUUUGUAUUCUGUGGUGUGCCUAAACGAAGUGUUGUGCAGCAAUGAAGUAAAAACUGUGUCCGAAGGUUCCGUCAAGUAUGAAGGAACUAUAAAUAUUAAGAUGCCAGGCACUCGUCCACUAAAGAAAGAUACAUAUCUUUGUACGGCUUUACAGCUGCCACCUUUGAAGCAGUAUAUAGUUCGAUUAGAACCAAAUGCAACUCAGCAGACAGCACAUCACAUGUUGCUGUAUGGUUGUAGGUCACCAGGAGCCCAACUUUCUAGCUGGAAUUGUCAAAGGGGACCCUGUAAUGGUGAACAGAACAUUCUUUAUGCUUGGGCAAAGGAUGCACCCUCUAGAAACUUACCCAAAGAUGUUGGAAUUGGUGUUGGAGGAGAUUCAGGAAUCAAAUAUCUUGUGUUACAAGUGCACUAUGCAUCUGCAACUCCUUUCAAAGGGGGAGCCAAAGACUUCUCUGGAUUUACUCUUCACACCAGUCAACACCAACUUCCGUAUGAAGCUGGAAUAUAUCUUCUUUGGGCAGGCAGGGGCUCCAUUCCUCCAGAAACAUCAGGCAUGCAUGUUGAUGUGGGUUGUACAUACAAUGAACCUGAGCCGAUGUUUGCUUUUGCAUUUCGCACUCAUGCUCACAAACUUGCAAAAGUGAUAACUGGUUACAGGAUUCGCAAUGGUGUAUGGACUUUGCUAGGAAAGGGAAACCCUCAGGCUCCACAGGCCUUCUAUCCAAUGGAAUCAACAAUUGAGAUUAAAGAGGGAGAUAUGUUGGCGGCUCGUUGCACAUAUGAUUCGAAAGGACAUGACAUACAAAGAGUCAUUCACAUGGGGCCAUCCGGCGAUGAUGAGAUGUGCAAUUUUUAUAUUAUGUACUACAGCAGCGCAGGUCGUUUGAAGUAUUCUGGUGGAGACUGUGGGCAGCAAAACCAUCCAAAUGUUUUUAAGAAUUUCCCUCCCGACUCUGAUACACCUUUAACAGGUUCAAAAGAUUUGAAGGAUCGAGAAAGUAGUGUCCCCAUGAUUAGCACUUCAGCAGAGCGCAACACAACAGAGCAGACACCCGAAAAAGAAACCGCUUUGGUGCCUGUCUCUCUCAAAGUAUCAACUGAUUCACCAACUCAUGGAAAAAGUCAAGGAUUUGAUAUUUCUGACUUAGGAUCUGCUAAGGAGGAAUUGCCAUCAGCCAAAGCAGAAGUACAAGUCGGAACUAAACCUCCUCAGGAACCUUCCGCUUUUGAAAAAAGUCAGUCUGUUAUUCCUGUCACAACAUCUACACCAGUUCUUCCUGUAACUCAAUCCACAGAUGAAAAGGAACUUCGGGUGGUGUUAGACUGGCCAAGCUUCACUGCAAUGGAAACGAGUAAACUGGGAGAAGUAACAGGAGUUUCACUAGAUUCCACGGGGCAGGUUGUUGUGUUUCAUCGCGGCAGCAGAACGUGGAAUAAAAAUACAUUUGACUCUUCUCAUGUAUUUCAAAAUGCUGACAUUGAGGGUACCAUCAAAGAACACACCGUGUGGAUCAUAGACUCCUUGACUGGAAAAAUAAGGGGAUUUUGGGGCAAAGACAUGUUUUUCUUACCUCAUGGUUUGACAGUUGACCAUGAAGAUAAUCUGUGGCUGACCGAUGUAGGAAGUCAUCAGGUUUUCAAGUUUUCGCCUCUUGGAAGGAGUACUAAGCUCAUGUUGUCGUUGGGGGACAAAUUGGUACCAGGCUCUGAUAGAUCCAGAUUCUGCCAACCUACCUCUGUGGCUGUGGACAGAAAUGGAGAGUUCUUUGUUGCAGAUGGGUACUGCAACUCUCGUAUUCUAAAGUUCUCUGCUGAUGGAAAGCUGUUGAGUUCAUGGGGGGAAAGGUCCCUUUCUGGUCCAGGUCUUCCUGCCCUAGGUUCAUUAUUAAUCCCACACAGUCUCUCCUUGGAUCAGUCAAGUCACACGCUGUAUGUUGCCGAUAGGGAGAAUGGCCGUGUUCAAUCGAUUAGCUCUAUCUCUGGGACCUUUGUCGAUGAAAUAAUUCUGCCAGAGUUUGGGGGAAAGGUUUUUGCCGUGGAUUACAGCGUCAGUAAACAGGGUGGAGUCCUACACGUUGUCAGUGGACGAAGUCAGAUAAAAGGAGUCCAAAAUGUUCCGGUUCAGGGAUUCACAAUCAGAGUCGCUGACAAAGUCAUAUUACAGACAUGGCCUUCUGACGAAGAACAGGCCUUAGUCUAUCCUCAUGAUGUGGCAUCCUCUGUCGAUGGAAGUGAUGUCUAUGUGGUAGAGAUUAGUCCCAGUAGAAUUUUGAAACUAUCGUCAAAACGUCAAGUCGAUUCUUUCAGUAACAAGACUUCAACUACUCCAUUGAAUAUUGAACCCGCUAAAACAGGUGAUCGUGUGGUCAGUCAAGGCAGUCACUCUAUUCCAGGGAAAAGUAUAGACGAAUUUAAUCCCCAGCAGGGAGAGAGUGAAAAUACGUCCCCAAAAGGCAAGUCAACUCACCGAGCGUCUGCCGAUCCAGAUCAACUAAAGAAAUAUGGAAAGGACCCUUCACUUCCCUCUGUUUCAAGUACUGGUACCAUUGGGCAGUCCAGUCCAAACCCAACUGAAACAGUUACUGUGAAAAACAAUUCUGCUAGUGGACCGCAAGACGACACUUCGAGCAGUGACAGCAAUGUUGACAUAACUGCUGGUAUCAUUCCCGCUCUCAUCAUCCUGUCAGUCCUAGCAGUUCCUAUUGUAUUUCUGCUCCUUAUCAGUAUAACCCUACGCGUGCGUGCCUACCGCAGAGACAAGCGCAACCAAAUGAGCGAUUUCCAUGGAGGCCGGAAAGAUUUUUCAGUGGGUAGGACAAGGGGAUGGUGGUCUUACAUGAACUGCUUUGACAGGCAAAAGUACAAAUUCAACCGAGUUACUUUGCAGGACUUUUACAGUGAUUCUGAUAGUGAUGGGGUCUGAAUCUGAAGAAGAUAGCUCUGAACUGAGCGAACGAGGAGUUUUUGAUUGCUAGUGAAAGACUUUGUUACCAAAAUGAUCAUGAUAAUUAGGCAUAACGGAAUAUUUUUAAAAAUUUACACGUUUAUGGGAGAGAAACAAGCACAAAAAUUAUCAGUGAGACCACUCUACCGCUAUUCUUGACUCUGAUCCGUGCAAUAGACUAAUACCCAGUCCACAAUGGUCCAGUAAAUUAUUAUCUGUAAGGAUGGUUAUAUGUGGCCUCUAAAUAGUACAACUUAUGUGUGCUUAUGAUCUAAAAAAUCUUCAUUGAAAUGACUUCCUAAGAAAUGAGCACAAUCCCCUUGUGUUUGGUAAUACAUAAUUUUUUAAUUGCUUUUUGGUGAUUUAGUAUUGUUGUAUUAGAGUCUCUUUACACGAUCAGGCUAGUUACUUAACCCGGAUUGAAUCACCACGAAGGGUAACCCUUCAGCAGCUAAAUAUUUUGUUUUGAGUAAGACCUCGGGCCGAGCCGGCCCUCUGUCGAAACCUGGGAUGAGCCGGUUUGUGGGGUUGAAGAAAUGUCCUAAUAUUUUGUUGUAGAUAUUGGCUCAAACGCCAUCUUAGUAGACACUUAAAACCAAACACCCAUUUCUGUUUCGUCUCUGUUGUUAUUUCUACAUCAUGACUUACCAUUAUUCGGUUACACCUGACCUUUUUGUCUCUCCCUUGAAGUCCAUGUCAUGAGGUUUUUCGUUGGUAUAAAGGUUGAGGCGGGUUAGUUUCCAUCAAACCAUAUUCUGGUGCAGAUUGGCAGCCCGCGCUUGUGUCAUAGGUUCACAUUCAACCGACUCUUUAUUAUGAUUCAACCCAGGUUCGUGUAAAAAAGGUCCUAAGCCAUGGUGUUUGCUAUUUGAUGCAUGCGAUGGAUUUCAUGAAAACUGCAUUAAAAGGGUCAGAAUAAUUCAAAAUUAAGAGAACAAACAAUCGAUAACUUGGAAACGCGAGCUUAGGAACAUUUAUGGUAUUGCUUACUUUUAUUGCAAGAUUUUCGAAGGUGUCCUUGUACCUUGUUAACUCGCCUUAACCUGGAAAGAAAGGUUUUAAAGUAUCAUACAUGUAGAUAUGUAUUUUUUUUAAAUAAAAGAUUAUGCAAAUUUA